AAUGUCUAACGUGAUAAGAUUUGUGUAAGUUCCCCUAAGUAGCACAAUUAAGCAAAAUUUUACAAGAAAUCUGAUCAAAUAAUUAUGACUUCGGCCGUUCUCUAUAUAAAUGCAGAACAAGUACGAAAUGUACUCCAUUGGCCUAUGGUAUGCGAGGCUGUUGAAGAGGCCAUGAAGUCAGUUGCGCAUUCUCACGAACACUCAUGUCCAGGUUCCAAUCGCCCUCUAACGAACCAGCCAGCACGGAGCAUGACAUUUUGUGGCAAAAAAUCACAAAUAUUAUUAACAAUGCCAGGAUAUGUAGCCAACUACCGGCUGACCGCCGCGACUAACAAUGGAGCAGCUAAAGAAAAUUUUAGUACGCUAGGCUGCAAACUUGUAACAUCAUUUGCGGAAAACACAGUGCGUGAAAUUCCAUUACCGAAUAUUAUGGCAAAUAUACUCCUUUUCAAUUCGGAAACUGGAAAAUUAAAUUGUAUUGUUGAUGGCACAGAUAUCACUGCUUGGCGUACAGCAGCUGCUUCCAUUGUGGCCACCAAGUACCUUUAUUUUCUCCGUUAUCCUGAAGGUAUUGUACGGCCAAUUAAGGUGGCAAUUAUUGGUACCGGAGUUCAAGGUGAAAGCCAUGCUAUUGGAAUGUGUUCAUCUUUCACAGUUACCGAUAUUUAUCUUUGGAACCGUACUGCCAGCAAAGCCGAGUCAUUAGCGCAAGAACUGAAAACAAAGGCACCUAAUGUACGGGUUCAUGUAAGCAAGAACGUUGCCGAUGCAGUAAUUAAUGCCGAUGUAAUUUGUGUGGGCACUUAUGCCCAAACGCCUCUAGUUACGCACGCGAUGAUUAAGAAAAAUCAUGUUCACAUCAACUCCGUCGGCGCAGGGCAAGUGCAUUUUCAAGAAAUUGGGCCUGAUAUUUACGAUCACGCAAAGGUAUAUAUUGAUUCGUGGGAAAACGCGAAAACAGAAUUGAAAGGUUUGAAAGCUGACAUAAUUGGUGAAGUGGGAGAAGUAAUCAAUUUUGCGAAAUACCCGCAGGAGGAUAAAAUAACAGUAUUUCAAUCAAUGGGUAUGGCUGCGGAGGAUGUAACAGUGGCGCAAGCAGUUUUCAAUGCUGCUCAGGAUCGGACAGACUAACAAUAAUAAUGGUUAUAGAGAUUAUUGAAUUUUCGACUCAAAGUAUAUUGCGGAUAUAAAAUAUUAGUAUAUGUAAUAAAAUUUUUUCUAUAAAGAUUUCGUGUACGGACGGACCCUUAUAAAUAUUAAGUCAAAACCUUUGUACAGAUCUACAUUUACUUAUGUAAAUU